GGCCGUUGCCUUCCUGGCUUGGGAAAAACGGGGUUGAAGUUGCGCUUUGGGGCCGCGCUCGCCUGAGGCUCCGCCGGCGGCGGUCAGCGCGGGACGAUGAGGCGGGCAGAGAUGAAGCACAGAAAAUCGUCACAUCCAAAGGAUUUACUUGGAGUAGAAGAUCACUGACUACUACAAUGGAAAAGUCACGGAUGCUUUGGACCUUUAUUGAAAGAUGGCUACUAGCUUUGGCUUCCUGGUCUUGGGGUCUCUGCCGUAUUUCUCUCUUACCUUUGAUAGUAACCUUCCACUUGUAUGGAGGCAUCAUACUACUCUUAUUAAUAUUUGUGUCAAUAGCAGGUAUACUAUAUAAAUUCCAGGAUAUGCUGCUUUACUUUCCUGAACAGCCCUCUUCAUCACGCCUUUAUGUUCCUAUGCCUACUGGUAUCCCACAUGAAAAUAUCUUCAUCAAAACCAAAGAUGGAGUUCUUCUCAAUCUUAUUCUGCUGAGAUACACAGGGGACAAUGCAGCAUAUUCACCAACCAUCAUUUACUUUCAUGGGAAUGCAGGCAACAUUGGUCACAGGUUGCCAAACGCUUUGUUAAUGCUAGUAAACCUGAAAGUAAACUUAAUCCUAGUUGAUUAUAGAGGGUAUGGAAAAAGUGAAGGAGAAGCAAGCGAAGAAGGCUUGUAUGUAGAUUCUGAAGCUGUGUUAGACUAUGUGAUGACUCGGUCUGAUCUUGAUAAAACAAAAAUUUUUCUCUUUGGCCGUUCCUUAGGGGGAGCAGUAGCUAUUCAUUUGGCAUCUGAAAAUUCCCAUAGGAUUUCUGCCAUCAUGGUCGAGAACACCUUUCUUAGCAUCCCACACAUGGCCAGCACUUUGUUUUCCUUCUUUCCAAUGAGAUACCUUCCUUUAUGGUGCUACAAAAAUAAAUUUCUGUCCUACAGAAAAAUCUCACAGUGCAGAAUGCCUUCACUCUUCAUCUCUGGGUUGUCUGACCAGUUAAUUCCACCAGUUAUGAUGAAGCAACUUUAUGAAUUAUCCCCAGCUCGGACUAAGAGAUUGGCAAUUUUUCCUGAUGGGACUCAUAAUGACACUUGGCAGUGCCAGGGAUAUUUCACUGCACUCGAACAGUUCAUCAAAGAAGUAAUAAAGAGUCAUUCCUCUGAAGAAAUGGCAAAAACAUCAUCUAAUGUAACAAUAAUAUAACUGAUACUCUUCUUUGGCGUAGGGAUGUACCUGCACUGUAUCUUGGUUUGUGAGAAGUGGUAAAAGAAUGCCCAUUUUUAAAUGUAUGUCAUGUCUGUACUUGCCUGAAGAGUGAAAUUAAACUUUGAAAGGUCUGAUGCUUUAUUACGAUGUUCCAGAUAACUUUUACAUUUGCAGCAUUGUAAAUGAACCAUUUUAUGUCUUUCUCAUACUUUUUUGAUAUCUGUCCAAAUAUUCCGUUUGUUUGAUAUGUACAACAGUUGCUAUUAAAAGAAAAAAAAAAAAUAACAAAACAAAUUGCUACAAGAAUAGUACAGAGCACGUUAGUUUAGAACAAUGGGAGGCUUCACUGCUGUAUGUGUGAGCUUUCUGGGCAGUCAUGGUUAGCUCAAUGAUUUGUUGUUUCUCUUAGAGUUUAUUUAAAUUGUGCCAUGCAUGAGAUAGUUUUAUUCCUUGAAAUUUUAUAUUAUCCAGGGUGGGAAUUCUUUUAAUGUGCAAAAUAAUGUACAAUGACAUUAAUGACAGUGUAUACUUACAGGUAUACCAUCCUUCAUUAUGACAUUUUGUUUUUUUAAACAGUUAUACAUACAUAUAUAUAUAUAUUUUUCAAACUGCAAUUGAAGAGGAAAGGACAUUUUCCCUGUUUUCAAUUUACUAUUUGUAUUAUAGUAUCGCCCAUAAAGUUGUAUGUGGCUGAACAUGAUGGCUGAUGGAUUUUGCCCAGGCAAUUUCUUCAUAAAGAUAAAGGUAACACUCAAAAAAGGGAGCAGCGUGAUUUGACUUCUAAAGGUCUUGUCCAAUGAAGUCUCUCAUCAGUAACUUACAGACAAACUGCUGAUGUUGUCAGCCCAUAUACCGGAGAUAGGAUUUCCUAAGGUGGAGCAGUCAGUGGGAUGGAAGGGAGUAUCACACAAGUUAAAAUAUCUAUUUGUGUUUGGUUUUAAAUAUCCGUGCCCUUUGUUUCUUUUGGAGGUAUAAAUAAAUCUAAAUAAAUACCAGUGAUUGUGAUUAGGGAGUAACAUAAGCUGACGUUACAGGAAGGGUAAUAAAAAUGAGUAGCACAUUAACAGGUAUAAGAUUAGUUGGAGAACAUUAACACUCUUGCUUAUAAAACAACAUUUUCUUCUUAUUAUUAUUUUUAUGCUUCUGUCACAUGGUGUGAAAGUAGCCUAUGCAUUGGCAGUAGAACUGAGUUUUCUUUCUAGUUAUACUGGAGUUUUUUAAGAUCGUAUCUCACCAUAUUAGAGCCAGCAAUACCCCGAGUGAGCCUGAUUCUGACCGAGUGUUGGAUUUUGGCUUUAUCCAAGUAAUCCUUCCAAAGUUGUAUGGUAUUAGUUCAGUUUAAUGCAUUGUGCUGUGUGAAUUAUUAUUCUACAGAUUGAACUGCUCAUCUGCUGCAGCUGAAAGUUUGCCUCUUGGAGACAUUUUUGUGGGAAAAGCUGUGGAAAAAUCUUCCACCAAACCUGUACAAUUGCCCUUCAGGUUGAAGUUUUUAAAUACAAUUAUUUUUUCAGCAUGAUGCUGUGAUUCAGAAAAGCACCACAAUAUUUUAAGCUUGAACAUAAGUUCUUUUGUUGAAUAAAACUGCUUUCCUGAACUAGUGCUUCAAUA